UGCCGACGACGUUGCGACGAGCGCGCGCGCUAAUUGGCCCCGCGAGCUCUCGCGUGCACGCCGAUGAAUAUGCAUCGUCCCGUCGAAUUAGAGCGAGCAACGAGUCUCUCGUAACGCGCCAGCGCCCUGCCUCCGCGCUCAUUUUUAUCGCGCUCUCUCUCUCUCUCGCUCGCGCUCUCGAUCUCCCAUUCGCCCGAAACGUUGCGAUUAAUCUGUCGAGGCCACGGCUCGGGGCAGCGUCAAUAGCGCGAUAACUCGGCGAGUCCGCGACAGUUUCUCCAAUCGGCGCGAGUCGCAAUUGCCGCCGACGGCUCCAAGCGGAACCGCUCGGAUUUUUGCGUGACCUCCCGGCCGCUCGGCGUGCCGUGCUCUCGGCGUUGCAUCGUUAGCGCUCUACUGUCCUCAUAAAGUGCCCGUGGCUCGCGACGACCGAACGCGCUCGAGCCGACCUCGUCGCGAAAACAAGCGGCGAUCAUCGUCCCUUCUUCUCGCUUCGAGCGACGUCAGCGCGAAGCAAGCAGCGACCAGGGAGGAUGCGCCUGAGUCGACAGCAGCAGCAGCAGCAGCAGCAGCAGCAGCAGCAUCAGCAGCAGCAUCAGAUCAGCGACGACGAGGACGAGGAGGACACGUGUCCAGCAGCAGCCGCGGGCAUCUGUCCGUCCUGCCGCCUCGCCGUCAACAAGGACACGGGCCGACACAAAUGGUGCAUGGGCGGCAAUGACAUUUGGCGGACGAGGAUAAGGUUCAUGCUGCUGAUCCCCGCGGUCAUACUACCGCUGACGAUCAUCGUCAUCGCCCUGUCCAAGUCCACUGUGGUCGGCAAACUGUCGAUGCGCAACAGCCAACCGCAGCAGCAGCAGCAGCAGCAGCAGCAGCAGCAGCCGGCGCCGCCGCCGAGCGCCGAUGACGAGCGCGCCGCCGGCUUUAUACCGGGAGCGCGCAGCGACUACGUCAAGCACGCGGAGCUGAGCGUCCGCGCGUUGCAGCCGGACCUGCGGACGAGCUUCCUGCCGGCGGAGUCCCUCGACGCCCUGUGCUCGCUGCAGCGGCGAAAGCGCGACAGCCAGCGCCAGCGAGCAGCGCCGGCUUCAAUCGACGCCGGCGCCACCACCACCACCACCAGCGCUGCCGCCACGAGGACGUCAAAAGGGCAAGCGGCGACGUCGCCUCGGCGGCAUUCAACGGCUGUGGGAGCGGACCUGAAAAGCGAGCAGCCGCUUCGGGAACUGACUAGGCCCGCGAGAAGCAGCGCCUCGUCGGAGGAGGACACGGAGGAAGAGGAUUGCAUCGAGGAGGACGGCGACUUGGAGGAGGAUGAGAUCGCGGACGAGCGAGAAGAGGAUUCCGAGGACUCCGAGGACGAGGACGAAGACGCGCAAGUGGAGCAGCAGGAGGAAAAGCGCGGUGUCGCGGUGCACUGGCGCACGCGAUCGACCGUCGAGAAUUUCGACGUCGACAAGAGCCACAGUCGCGAGGACGACGACGACUCCGCGCCCUACAGCGUCGAGGACCACGAAUCUAUGGAUUAUCGUGCCUUUUGGAGGAGCAACUGGGACGAGGACUUCAUUCGCAAGGCUCAAGCUAAGAUGAUGCUGAAGUACAUGGACAGAACGGUAGCGGCGUGCGACGACUUUUAUCAGUACUCGUGCGGCAACUGGGACAAGUACAACAGCAUCCCCGAGGACAAGACGGGCUACGACGUGUUCGAGACGCUGCGCGAGUCCCUCGACCUCGUGCUCAAGCAGCUGCUCGAGGAACCGGUGUCCAGUGCCGACGCGUACGACGCCAGCGCCGUUCGCAAGGCCAAGAACCUGUUCGACAGCUGCAUGAACAGCGGGAUACUGGAGCGCCGGCUGGAGCGGCCGCUGCUCGAGUUGCUGGACGACCUGGGCGGCUGGCCGAUCAUAAGACCCGAGUGGGACUACCGUAGGUUCGACUGGCUGCUGCUCGUCGCACGGCUGAGACUCUACAGCAACGACAUCCUCAUCUCCGAGUGGAUCGGGCCCGACAUCAAGAACAGCGAGCAGUACAUCAUCCAGCUCGAUCAGACGAGUCUCGGCUUGCCCACCAAGGACUACUACCUGGAGGCCUCCAACACCGUCUACCUGAUGGCCUACAAGAACUACCUCGUGACGAUCGCCAGCCUGCUCGGCGCCUCGCUCAAAAGCGCCAGCCUGCACGCCGAGGAGCUGGUCCGCUUCGAGAUUCAGCUCGCCAACAUCACCCUGUCGCCGAGCGAGCGGCGAAACUCUUCGGAGCUCUACAGGCGGAUGAGGCUGGACGAGCUGCACGCCCUCAUACCCGAGAUCGACUGGCACAGAUACCUGUCGCUCGUCCUCGAUCGGCCGGUCGGUCUGUCCGAGCCGGUGAUGGUUUUCGCCACCGAGUACCUGCAGAACCUGGUCAAACUGCUGUCGCGGACGCCGCCGAGGAUAGUGGCCAAUUAUCUGUUGUGGCGCUUCGUGCGACAUCGCGUGAACAAUCUAGAUGAUCGGUUUCAAGAGGCCAAGCAGACCUUCUACUACAUCCUGCUGGGCAGAGAGAAGGCGCCCUCGCGUUGGAAGAACUGCGUGGCCCAGGUUAACUGGAACAUGGGCGUGGCGGUCGGCUCGAUCUUCGUGAGGAAGUACUUCGACGAGACGAGUAAAAACGACACGCUGUUCAUGACGCGAGAGAUACAGAACGCGUUCCACGAGCUGCUCAAUCAGUCGCCGUGGCUGGACACCACCACCAAACGGCUGGCCAGCGAGAAGGUCAAAGCGAUGCAGCUGCGGAUCGGCUACCCGGACUUCAUCUUGCAUCCCAGCGAGCUCGACCGCCAGUUCCACGAUGUCCACAUUCACCCGGACAAGUACUUCGAGAACAUCUUGAACAUGCUACGCCACACGACGCGGGUCGAGCACGACAGACUCGGCACUCCGGUCAACAAGACCCUGUGGAACACUGGUCCGGCUAUCGUCAACGCUUACUACAAUCGCAACAGGAAUCAAAUAACCUUCCCGGCGGGGAUACUGCAGCCGCCGUUCUAUCAUCGAUACUUUCCUAGGAGCCUCAAUUAUGGCGGCAUCGGCGUUGUUAUCGGCCAUGAAAUCACUCACGGCUUCGACAAUAAGGGCCGCAUGUUUGACAAGUUUGGUAACUUUCAUCGAUGGUGGAGCGAGGCAACUAUCAAUGAGUUUGAGCAGCGAGCUUCGUGCUUUAUUGAUCAGUACAACAAAUACAUGGUAAAAGAUGUAGCUUUGCAAGUCGACGGCUUCAAUACUCAAGGUGAAAAUAUUGCCGACAACGGUGGUAUCAAGCAAGCUUUCCGGGCUUACGAGAAAUGGUUAUCGCAAAACUCGGACGCCAAAGAAAGUUUGCCAGGUAUCGACGCAACUGGUAAGCAACUUUUCUUCCUCAACUUUGCGCAAGUUUGGUGUGGCUCGAUGCGGCCCGAGGCGAUGCGACACAAAAUCAAGACGGAUCUACAUUCGCCUGGCCGCUUUCGCGUGAUUGGCACUCUGUCGAACUUUGAAGAGUUCUCAAAGGCUUUUAAUUGCCCGUUGGGAAGUCCUAUGAAUCCUGUGAACAAGUGCCUCGUUUGGUGACUUCCAAAUUGCCUAGACUUUUUUUUAUCUUCCUUUCUCGUUUAGUUUUCGAGCAAUAAUCGCUUCGUGCUCAUCGCCGAGCAAUAAUCAAAACAUGAAAUAGUUUUUAAUAAAUCGCUCAUAAGCCAUGACAAAUAUUUCAAACUACAUCGCGUCAUAUAUAGUAAAGAAACUCGAAUUUAUUAUAAAGCUCACAUAUACAAACAAGUAGUCUAACGCG